AUGCUCGGAGGGAUUUUUCCAGUGUUCAAUAAAGAAGAGGAUCGCAAUAACUCAUUUCAAAAAGAACCUCAUGGAGGGAACUGUGCUAGUUUCGAUUUGCGAGCCUAUCGUUGGGCACAAGUGAUGAUGUUUACGAUAAAAGAAAUCAACGAGGACCAGAGCUUGCUCCCAAACAUCACCUUGGGAUAUGCAAUUUUUGACUCCUGUGGCUCUCCAACAAACACAUUACGAGCUGCUCUCUCUCUGGUAAGCGGACGAGAGGAGACAAAAUCAGCAGCUGAAUGCCGUCCUCCCAUAUCUGCAGUUAUUGGAGAAGCAGGAUCAUCUCGAUCUGUAGCGGCUGCCGGAACCCUUGGACCAUUCAGUGUACCAAUGGUCAGUUACUUCUCAACAUGUGCUUGUCUGAGCGACAAACUUAAGUAUCCUACAUUUUUCCGCACAAUUCCAAGUGAUUACCAUCAAGCCAAAGCUUUAGCAUCUCUUGUCAAACGCUUUGGAUGGUCAUGGAUAGGAGCUAUUCAAGCUGACAAUGAUUAUGGACGAAAUGGGAUCCUGUCAUUCACAGAGGAAGUAAAAAAGUUUGGAGUUUGCAUCGCAUUUAUCGGAACAGUUUUAAGAACAUAUCCAAGGAGUAAAAUACUAGAAGUCGUUCAGACAAUUAAACAGUCAACAGUGAGAGUGAUUCUUGCAUUCACUCCAGAAGGUGACCUGUAUCCUCUGAUGCAAGAACUUGUAAUGCAAAACAUCACAGGUAUCCAGUGGAUAGCAAGUGAAGCCUGGAUAACGGCAGCAAAACCAUCUACCAUUGAGAUUUUCCACUCGUUUGGUGGUGCGAUUGGAUUUGCAACCCGCAAAAUGGCAAUGCCUAAACUAAAAGACUUUCUUGUGAACAUAAAUCCCUUAGCUGUUCAACAGGAUCCUUUUGUGAGGGAUUUCUGGAAAACCAUUGUCAGUGAUCACCUAAAGAGAGUGAAUUUUGUAAACAGCUUUGGGGAGGCUGUGUUCUUUGAUGAAAAUGGAGACCCUCCUCCUUCAUAUGAAAUCAUCAACUGGCAGUUGAGAGAUGGGGAGAUUCCUAAAGCAGUAUGCACAGAAAUCUGCCCCACAGGCUCCAGGAAAGCUCAAAUGAAAGGCAAGCCCACCUGCUGCUUCGACUGCAUUCCGUGUGCAGAUGGAACAAUAGCCAACACAACAGGUGCAACUGACUGCGUUCCAUGUCCACUGGAGUACUGGUCAAACAAAGCAAAGGACCAGUGUAUACCUAAAGACAUAGAGUUUCUGUCUUACAAUGACAGCAUGGGAAUUGCACUUACAGUGGUAUCCCUGUCUGGGGUUUGUUUGGCAUUUGCAACUAUAGUGGUCUUCUUUAACUUUAAAACCACACCCAUUGUGAAGGCUAACAACUCUGAGCUGAGCUUCCUGUUGCUCUUCUCUCUGCUGCUUUGCUUCCUGUGCCCACUCACCUUCAUCGGGGAGCCCACAAUCUGGUCCUGUAUGCUGCGCCACACAGCCUUCGGUAUCACGUUUGCACUCUGCAUCUCCUGUGUACUGGGAAAAACGAUAGUGGUGGUCACUGCCUUCAGAGCAACACUUCCCAACAAUAACAUGGCCAGGAAGUUUGGCCCAGUGCAGCAGCGGAUCAUAGUUUUCUUGUGCACCACUGUGCAAAUCUGCAUCUGUGUGCUCUGGCUCACACUUAACCCUCCUUUCCCAGAUAGAAUAUUUAAGCAGGAUGACAAAACGAUCAUCCUAGAAUGCAACACGGGCUCAGAAACAGCAUUUUAUGCAGUCCUUGGAUACAUAGGUCUUCUCUCAGCAGUGUGCUUAGUGUUGGCCUUUUUAGCCAGGAAAUUGCCUGACAAUUUCAAUGAGGCAAAGUUAAUUACUUUCAGCAUGCUCAUUUUCUGUGCUGUAUGGCUGACAUUCAUACCAGCAUAUGUUAGUUCACCAGGAAAGUACACUGUUGCAGUUGAAAUAUUUGCUAUUCUGUCUUCAACAUUUGGUUUAAUGUUUUGCAUAUUUGCUCCCAAAUGCUAUAUCAUUUUAAUAAAACCAGAAAAGAAUACAAGGAAUAAUGUUAUGGGGAAAUUAGUGAAAAAACGGUCAUGAAUUUCUGUUUUUACGUUUCAUCCAGACAUUCUCAUGUAUGUGAUAUUCCCAGAAAGAAUUAAAUACUUUUCA